GCCGGAUCCCGACACCUUUCGCCCCUUAGAGACGCGGAGCGAUGAGUCCAGUCUAAACGUCCCAGGUUUACCUGGGGAGCGACGGUACCUGCUCAGCGCCUGGGAGAGAAACCGUCACUGAAGGGCCUGGGACGGGGGCACAGGGGAGUGGGACGGGGGCACCGACUUCCCCAAGCCACCGUCGCACCUUCAGCCCUUUGAACAGCAGGGUUUUUUUUGUUUUGGAAUGUUCAACAUAUCUAAGUGAGGGUUCUAGAACUCCUCCGCUUUCAGUCACCAGUAGCGAUUGUGACAUCAGCAUUAGAAUGCUCAGAUAAGAACAUUCUACUCACAUAUUUGUGCGCCCCCCUCCUCCCCCGCCCCCUUUAUGGACCACCCGGGGAGGUAGUGUGGAGGUGAGGCUGGGGCGGUGGGGGGGGGGGGGGGGGGGGUGCAGGUAGCAGGUAAGAUAAGAGCAGCUCAGGCGGGAACAGAAAGGCCCCAGCACGUCUCACAGAAAGAGAGAUCUCAAAAAAGGAAAUAGAUUAAACGGUCUCUCCCACACCAUUCCUUAGACUAGGACAUACACGUACAUGUACACACACACACACACACACACACACACACACACACACUCCAUACAGCACAGAGAAAAGCCCCUCCCCGAACAACCCCUCAUGUUCCUAGGGAGGCCAAAUGAGAGCGAGUGAGAGACAGGGAAAGGGAGAGAGAGAAAGUGUGAGAGCGAGAGCGAGAGAGAGAAAGAGGAAGGGAGGGAGAAUUGGAACUAGAGGUGGGAAAUAACAGAAAGGAAGGACAGUGUUACACAGAAAAGAGAAGGGCAGAGAAAGGGGAGAAGAGAGAGAGAGAGGGGAAGAGAGAGUGUGAGAGAGAGACAGAGAUUGUCGUACUCACCGCCAAGCAUACCUUUGCAGACUUCGAACACAGCAGGGCUGAAUAUUCCCGGGCUCAGCUGCGCAGGAUGGAGCCCAUCACAGGCUGGUGCUGAACCCCGUCUCUUUCUGUCCCGAGUGGAGGCUCAGUGGGGUGGGGGGGGCGAAGAAAGGGGGGGAGAAGAGGAGGGGUGGAGAGCAACACGAGACGUUUGUACGGGACGUCCUGACCGAAGGGGGACAGAGGGACCCCUCCGCGGGACGGGCUGCCAUGCUCCAGAGCUCCACGUCAGGAUUCUGCCCCGACCCAAACCCAACGUCCCAAACGGAGAUGGCUGAGGAACACCGGGGACCCCGCUGAUCCGCCCGGCUGUACCCGACACCAUGCGGACACCGUCGCUGACCCUGUGGGUCCUCUGGGUUUGGACCCUCUCCGGCGGGACCGGCUUCGAGCGGGACGGUCGGGAGGGGGCGGACGGCGCGGAGGCCCAGCUGGGCGGAGCCAGGCGGAGAGGCCUGGGGGCGGUAUCCAGUGUGGAUGAGCUCCUGGAGCUCCUGUACCCCCAAUACGCGCUGGUCCAGCGGUGCCUCAGGGGGCGGGCCCAGGGGACGUCCUCUCGACUCCGCCCCGAUGAGGUCACCUGGGAGGAUCCCCAUGAGGCAGCACUCCACUGGGAUGAUGGCGCCAUCCAAGUCAUCAUGGCGGAGAUGGAGCGCACGGCGUGCCGUCCGCGGGAGGUGUGUCUGGAGGUGUCCAGGGAGUACCCAGAAAGCCCCAGGCACGUGUACGUGCCGCGCUGCGUGUCUGUGCACCGCUGCGGGGGAUGCUGCAACCACGAGGCCCUGCACUGCUCCAACAGCAGCCACAGGCUGGUCAACAAGACCCUGGUGGAGCUCUCCCCAUCUCACAUGGAGCGUUCCGUCGUCAUGGUGACCUUCGUCAACCACACGUCCUGCGAGUGCCGUCCCAAAAGGCCGCUGCACUCCGUCAUCCGGAGGGAGGCCGACGCCCACCGUCGCGCGUGCUCCGCUCCAGGUGUUCUCUGCAGCGCGGGUCUGGUGUGGGACCCUACGGAAUGCCUGUGUGUUCACAGGAACGCGAGCUCCUUCUCUGAGCCAGAGCUGGACCCCCUGGGUGACCCGUUGCUGGCUCUGUGCGGCCCGAACAAGGUUCUGGACCCGGAGCACUGCGGGUGUGCGUGCCGAAACGGGCUGACCGAGUCCGGCUGCGGGCCGGGCCGUCGUCUGGACAACGGCACGUGCGCCUGCGUCUGCGGGGGUCCGCCGGGGAGCUGCCCCCCCGGCCAGCGCUGGGACCCGGGGGGGUGCAUGUGCGCGUGCCUCCCCAACUGCCCCCGCGGUCUCGCCCCCCAGCCCGGGACCUGCGUGUGCCGGUGCAAGGAGAGCCCGCGAACCUGCCUGCUGCAGGGCAAGAGGUUCAACCCACACACCUGCAGCUGUUACAGGCUACCCUGUCGGACCCCACACAGGAAGUGUCCGUCCGGCUUCUAUUUCAGCCAUUUUGUCUGCAGCUGCAUACCCGACCACAUGAGGACAGACGAGCUGAACUGAGAGGGGCGGAGCGAGCUUUAGACACUCCUCCCCAGGGCUCUCAUUGGUCAAAGGGGCUCUUUCUAUGAAGGGUGCAGUGGCCCUCGAGGAGACGGGAUGCAGAAGGAACACGUUGCGGUGAAGACAUUUGGCAGAAGCUGAGAGCACUUGGUUUCUCCCUUUCCUGAUUGGCCAGGGAGAGUCUGUGGAUUAUGACAUCACUUGGUCAUGGACAAGCUCACGACAGAUUGAUGCAACGAUCCCCUUGUGCUGUUGCACUGAACAUCCAAAAUAAAACUACAAAAAACCA